UUGGCAUAUUUUUCUGCUGAAUCUAUCAGCACCAGUAAUCUUGUUAUUUAUUGUCAAAGAUCUUAGAUCUCUCGUUUUCUGCAUUUGUGAGAGAGAGAGAGAGAGAGAGAGAGAGAGGGAGAGAUGAGCACUAUGGUGGUGUUGAGUUCAAAUGUAAACGAUCAUUACAAGGAGGAAAGAAGCAUGGACAGAAAAGAAGAAGCACUGCUCGUAGAAGCUUCACAUGCAGAUAAUAAUGAUAUUCAAGAAAGUAGCAGUGAGUUGGAGGAGCUUCCCAAAAUUCGUCUCAUGAGAGCAUUUGUUGAAGCCCAGGAUCCUUCCUCCAAGGAAGUGGAUGAUCCGACUAUCAGAAGGUUCCUGCGUGCGCGCGAUUUCGAUAUAAGCCAGGCAUCUGCCAUGUUCCUCAAGUACUUGAAAUGGAGACGAACUUUUGUUCCCAACGGUUUCAUUUCUGCUUCAGAGGUGCCAAACCAAAUUGCACAGAACAAGAUGUUUUUGCAGGGAUCAGACAAGAAAGGACGUCCAAUAGCGGUUGUCCUUGGCAAUAGACACUUUCAAGACGGCCUUAAGGAAUUCAAGCGUUUUGUUGUUUAUGGCCUCGACAAGACAUGUGCAAGGAUCCCACCAGGACAGGAGAAGUUUAUAGCCAUAGGAGACCUUGAAGGAUGGGGAUAUUCAAACAGUGACAUCCGAGGGUACCUUGGAGCUCUAUCGAUUUUGCAGGAUUACUAUCCAGAACGACUAGGGAAGAUGUUUAUCGUCCAUGCGCCGCUGGUAUUUAUGACAGUUUGGAAAAUCGUUUACCCUUUCAUUGACAACAAAACUAAGAAGAAGAUAGUAUUUGUGGAGAACAAAAUGCUGAAAUCAACCCUGCUCGAAGAGAUCGACGAAAGCCAACUUCCGGAGAUAUACGGAGGCCAACUGCCGUUGGUUCCCAUCUAGGAAGUGAGCAAAAGCUCAUAUUUGUGCACAGCUUGUAGCUGAAUUGAAGUUAUUAUGCAGUCAUUCACUAUCUUGUUGUACCAUACGUGUUUGUAAGACCAUGAACUCAUUUAUCAUAAAUAAAUAAAAAGCUGAGAGAGUAACAAGCAAA